GAUAGAAAAAAACAAGAGGUCUUUCGUGUUAUUUUUUUGUGUUAAAUAAUAUUCUAUUAUGUUAUAUUUUGAAUUUUAGAAAAUGACUAUAAAUGAUAAAAAUCUCACAUUGAAAAUUUUGUGAUCAAUGGUUUAAUUUUUUUUUUGCUGAAGGAAGAUACAAUAUAUCCUUUCGGAAAAACAGGUUUACUGAUGACUUGGCAGGAUUCUGUCGAGGUUUGCCGAGAAGUUUGAAGAAGUGGUUGCGCUAGCAGUUUAGUCAAAGCCAUUGACUUAAUGGACAAAUAUUUUUGUUUUUUUCUUCUCUGUUUCUUUUUGAAUUUUGACCAGUAAGAAAUGGUAACAUUUCUGAAAUUAGGAUUUUAUACAGGGUUACAAUUAUACUAUGCUUUUCCAUAAAGUACCCAGUCCUCGAAUUUACUCGUUUGGUCGUUUACAAUAAGAGCUUGUCGCAUCCAAAAAUGUCAUGUGAUAUAUGGUCAAAGAAUAUAAAAUGUCCCAUGCGUACGACUUAUAUGCUUGGUUUUCUUGAAGUGCUAACUUAUUGAAAAAGGGAUCCAUUAUAUUUGAGAAAGAUUGCAAUCGUUAAAAUUUAUUUAUUACAUAUCGUUCGUUAGUUUUCCUUAGAUUGUUCUAGUUCGUUAUCUCAUCAGAACCCUUUCGAGUAUAUAUGAAUUUAUGAUCUUUCCACAAAAUUUGUAUCAAACUUUGGUGAACCGUAACUAGCGUAAUUAGCCUAAUCAGAUUGCUUAAGUUAACCAUCUGAGACGAAGAGGGAUUAACGUAACUGGCACAAUUAUUUGCAAAUGAUACUAUUAUGCCUCGUAGAUACACCUGUUUGGUAGAGACUCUCGAUUUUACACGUGAGGUGUCGGUUAGGACUUUGCUUUCAGUUUUGACUAAAUGCCAUGCAAUUAGACGCAUAUAUUACUAUACCUUCAUGCAAAUUAACACCCACAUAAAAAAGUUUUACAUAUUUUUUUUUUUCAUUCAGAAAGAUAUAUAUAUAUAUAUAUAUAUAUAUAUAUAUAUAAUUAGUAUUUAUGUUUUACAUAGCAUGUAAUGAAUAUAUAGAGAGAUAUAUCUACUUCUUGGUUAUCGAAUUUGUUACAAUGAUUACGUUUGUCCAAGAAAGAAGUAUUUUUCGACGAGGAAAUCAUUCCAUUUAUUUAAGUUUGUUCAAGUUAAUUAAUGUCAGUAAGUAUUGUGAAGUAAAGAAAACUAUGGUUAAAAAAACGAAAAAAAAACUAUGGUUAUCCCUCAAACUUUAGAAGUAGUUCAAGGGGCGUAUAAAAUGUUGUUAUGUCAGAUUUAAAUUAGAAUUUAAGGUGCUACUUAGGGAGGGUGAUGGUGAUUUAUGUUCUCAGGACCAGCCACAAGUAGCUAAUAUCAAAAUGUGAUAUCAACUACUUUUAUAAAUAGACAUUUGAUUUUUUUUUCAUUAAUCAAAAAUAUGAAAUGUGAUAAUUUAUAGGUCCAAUCAAAUGUAAAUCGAAUUAUCUGACAGUGGUUGCGAGGAUAAUUUUUCACUAUUUUAGUCCCCAACUCACCUCAUUGAACAUAGAACUUUGAUAAUUUAAUACAUGCUAUAUAAUUGCCAAAUAGUUUGGUUUCUUAUAGCAUCAAGUUAAUAUGUUUUAGAAAAAUCUCUAUGUGACAAGAAAGAUUAUAUAUACGUUCUUCAUAGUACAUUUGAUUAGUAUAAAAUUGAUUUGGUUCUGAUUAUUGGUAAAAACAAAUUAGGAGCACCAACCAAGAGGGCAGAAGAAACAAGCAUAUGGGUGGUGUUCCUGUUAAUGAGAGGGGACCACGUGGCGGUUGCUGGGAACGCUGCAACGCUAAAAUUAACUUAACGAUCGGUGAGAGCGGAAAAGCCGCUUCGAAAAAAGCCCCACUAACCAAUAGUAGGACCCAUCUAAAAUGGGUUCCAGCGUUCACACACUACAAUAUCUGUUUUUUUAGUCAAGUUACAAUGUUUUUUUCAAUCGAAAAAGGUUAACCCAGAUCUAUUAAAUACAGAGAUCUAACUCUCGGUUGGAAGGUAUAAUUCACAGAUAAAUCUUUUUUUGAGUAUUCAAAUAGACCGUAAGCAUAGACUUAUUCUGCAUGGUCACAUGUGGAACUAAUAAUUUUGUAUUAGAGGAAAGUCGAUCAUGAUCUAGAUCAACAUGAUAACUUCUCUUUUAGUGAUUAGUUAAGUUACAAUGUUGUCCAAAACAUAAAGUUUCUUGUUUUUUUUUCCUACAAUAAUUUGCAACUAUAAAUUCAGACCACACCAGAUUGUGUCUCUCUCAAGCCCACACACACAUUCUCACCCUGUUUUCUUACAACUCAAAUCUCCUUUUCUAUCUCUUUCAGCUUAUAUUUGCAAACAAAAAAUGGUAAGAUUCAUCGAAGAAAACACAAAACCGGUGAAAAAUGAAACAGGAGACAAAUCAAAAACGGAUGCAACAACGGUGAAGACGAAAGUUCUUCAAGAUCUUAUCAUCAACAAUGGAGGAGGAUUAAUAAAUUCAUGGGUUGAUUCCAUGAGAGCUUGUUCUCCUACUCACCUCAAAUCUUUGAUGAAACAAAGCUCUUGGCUGACAGAACAUCCAUCAGCUUUAGAUAUGUUCGAAGAGAUUCUUCAUGUUUCCGAAGGAAAACAAAUCGUUAUGUUCUUGGAUUAUGAUGGCACUUUAUCUCCCAUUGUUGAUGAUCCAGACCGAGCUUUCAUGUCUAAGAAGAUGAGAAGGACAGUGAGAAAACUAGCAAACUGUUUUCCAACUGCCAUAAUUAGUGGAAGAUGCAGAGAAAAGGUUUAUAAUUUUGUGAAACUGACUGAGUUGUACUAUGCUGGAAGUCAUGGAAUGGACAUCAAAGGACCAGAGCAAGGGUCCAAGUAUAAGGAUCAGGAUAAAUCUCUUCUUUGCCAACCAGCUACAGAGUUCCUCCCCAUGAUCGACGAGGUCUAUCAAAAAUUAGUGGAGAAAACAAAUUUAACUCCCGGAGCCAACAUAGAGAACAAUAAAUUUUGUGUCUCUGUUCAUUUCCGGCGCGUCGAUGAGAAAAACUGGAGUGAUUUGGCUAAUCAAGUUCGAUCAGUCAUGAAGGACUACCCUGAGCUCCGACUUACUCAAGGAAGAAAAGUUUUGGAAAUUCGUCCUAUCAUUAAAUGGGAUAAAGGCAAAGCACUCGAGUUUUUAUUAGAGUCCCUUGGAUACGCCAAUUGUACCGACGUUUUCCCCCUUUAUAUCGGCGAUGAUCGCACAGACGAAGAUGCAUUUAAGAUACUGAGAGAAAGAAGACAAGGUCUUGGCAUUCUUGUAUCCAAAAUCCCAAAGGAGACUAACGCAUUCUAUUCUCUGCAAGAGCCUGAUGAGGUUAUGGAUUUCUUGCAGCGUUUAGUGGAAUGGAAACAAUUGAGAUCUGGAGCAUGAUGAUAGAGCUAUAAGCCUAUAAGUACAUAAGUUCUUUUUAAUGACAUGUUAAUCAAGUUUUUUUCCUUCUAUAUAUGUAUUGUACUCAACGCAUCUUUGUAUAGAGAGAUCCAUUAUCAAAGAAAACAGUUAAUGGAAUCGAUCAUAUAUGGAUGGUUCUAUUCAAUUAUUUCUACGCGUGUAAAUUAUAAAUACUUGACAUGUAUCUAGAUGUUAUCUUGAAAUGAAAUGAAAUGUCAUGAUAUAAGUAUUAUU